AUGCAAGACUUGUCGGAAUUUACUGGGUUUCCCGACCUUGGCGUCGCCGCUGAGAGGAAUCCCGAAACUCAUGCCCAAGUGGCACGCGCGCUGCAGCCAUCAUUUAGCUCGCGCGUUCUCCAUGGUUGUCAUGAUGUGAUUCACCAGGUUGUUGACGAAUUUGUCACGCAACUUGAGAGACGAGGAGAAGUCAACUUAACAGAGUGGGUCGAUUACUUUGCCCAUGACAUUUCUGGCGAGUUGGUGUACAACAGGGAGGCGAAGAUCAUGAAGUCAGGAGAUCCAACACCGGAUGUAAUAGCAUCGCGGAAAAUGUCAUAUCUAGGAGCAGUGAUCGUGGCACUGAAACGGUUUCCCCUGCUCAAGUUCCCUCUAUUCGUUUGCCUAAUUCCAUGGGCUUUAGCAUCUGGCAUAUCCACCUUCGGCAAAACUGUUCAAGGGUACGCACGCGCGCGGAUUGCAAAAGGUGGCAAAGUCCGACAUCUAGACCUCUUGGAGCCCAUCAUACCCCCCGAGGGGUCAAUCGUAUCACAAGAAAGCAAGAAACGCAGCGACGACUGGAUCGUUGCCCAAGCCAACUCACUGAUGGCAGGAGCUUUGGGUCCGGUCACAAACGCCAUAAUUUCGUCAAUUCUCCUCUUGUGCGAUUCGCCAGAGACAAUGAAGCGAUUGCAAGAAGAGGUCCGGGCCACAUUCGAAAGAUACGACGACAUCACAGUGGAGGCAUGCCAGUCUGCGUGUCCUUACCUUAAUGCCGUAAUCGAGGAGGACUUGCGUCUUGUGACACCAGCACCGUUCGGCCUUCCAAGAUACAGCCCCGGUGCAGAUGUUGAUGGCCAUUUCGUACCAUCAGGGGUUACUGUACAGACUUGCAACUUCGCGGCAGCUCGCAGCCCUGAUUAUUAUUUCUUGCCACGAGAGUUCCACCCGGAGAGAUUUCUGCAAGAAACCCAUCAAUGGUAUGAUCGGCGCUUCAGUAACGACACUAAACACGCCGUCAUGCCCUUUUCAAUUGGCCCACGGCGUUGCACUGGCGCAACCAUUGCGUACACGGAGCUAUGUCUUAUACUUGCCAAACUGGCAUGGGCACUUGAUGUGAAACUAUCCGCGCCGGGCAAGAAAGUGAGCUGGGAAGCAGACGUGAAGGUUUAUGCAACAUAUCGCUUCCCAAUUGUGUGGAUCAGAUGCGAGAAGGCAAAAUUGAUACCUCUAGUUCUGUGA